AUGACUUCUCCUGAAUUUGCCGCGGCAUCUGUUGCUUAUGCCGUAAGCAAUUUAGUAUAUGUUAUAGAACCUAAUAAUCUAAAAUCUUCUGUAUUUAAGCAUUCAAUUGGUGUUGCAACUGAUACAUUAAUAAAAUAUAAAGAACAAGCAAAGAAAAAUGUAUUCAACGAGGAAACUGAAGUAGAAAUAAUUCAUGCUAAUGCUGAUCCUUUCUCGAAUUUAUAUGCAUCAAUAGUUAAAGGUUCCCUUGUAUCCGUGGUUAUACCUUUAAAUACUUCAAAAACCAUUUUAAUUCAAGCUAUACCUCAUCUUUAUAAAAUUGCAAAUAAUCGAAGUACGUCUACCGUAAUUCAUGUAGCUGUCGAUCGUAGUCAUGAUAAUAACGUUGAGGAUUAUACUGAUGUAAUGGCUUUAAGACAAACCGGAUGCGUUCUUUUACAUUCUUCGGGUACACAAGAAACUUGGGAUUUAUCUUUAAUAGCACACGCAUUAUCCAUCAAGACUGGAGUUCCAGUAAUCCAUUUUUUUGAUAGAGAUGACAAUAAUUCUUCUAAGGAAAAAAAUAAUUAUUUAGGGAAUGAUGUUAUCAAAAAAUUAAUUGAAGAAGCAGAUAUAAUUAAGUAUAAAGAAACACUUGCAUCCACAAUUAAACAAAAUGAACGUUAUUUCAGAUCAAUAGUUCUUUCAUCCGACGAACAUAUUACAGAUGAAUCAAAAAUUAAUGGUGGUAGUAAUGGCAUAGAAAACCCAAAAGAUAGUUUUUUAUUAACUGUAGACAAAAUUUUUGUGCAAUUUAAAAAGGAAACAGGUCGAUCGUAUAAAGCUAUAGAAUUUAUUGGUGAUAAUAAAUCCGAUUCGCUUAUUAUUACUAUUGGUUCUGGUUCAAAACACAUAAAGAAACAUAUACAGGGAGGGAAAAUUUUACAACCUUUUUCUAUGGUAAAUAUCAGAGUAUAUAGACCAUGGUCAGAAAAAUAUCUUUUUGACCUUCUUCCAAAGAAAAUUAACAAAAUUAUCGUAUUGGAACAAGUAGUCGCGCGUACUACCAAAUGGACACCUAUGUACCUUGAUAUCGUUGCAGCUUUUCAAAAUCACUUAUAUUGGACAAAUAAAUUGCCAAUUAUUGCAAGUUGUCAAUAUGGGUCAUUUAUAGUUGAAUCCAUUGGUCUUGAAAUUACUACAUUAUUUCAAAAUCUUUCAUCCAGCGAACCUCGUCGAAAUUUAGUCAUCGGGCAUGACACGCAGAAAGAAAAUGGCAUCAACGGUGUUAACGGCAUCACCAAUGACAUUAACGGCAAAAUAGAUCCGAUUGACAAUGCACCCACACUAGAAAAACCUUACCUUAAAAUGUUACUUGAAGUCUUUAAAGAUAGAUUAUUUAUUGCAAAUGUCACAUCUAAAUCUAAUGUCGGUCAUCUAGAAUCAACUCCAGAAUUUGGAUUUGGCGUUUUGCUUGCGAAACUUCAAAAGCGUGAUGAAUUUGCUAAUGCAGUUACUAAAAUAGUUAAGAAUACAUCCGUUUCAUUGCCCGAACCUUUACUCAAAGCGUUAUCACAAUGGCUUCUUUAUAAAGAUGAUUCCGAGCAAUCUAAAAAUUUUGGAAAUACAGCUAUCGAAUAUCUUAACAAAAUUAAAAAACCAAAUCCAUCUCUCACUAUAAUUAAUAAUCAACAGAAUUUAUUUGCUAAACCCGCGAAUUGGCUUAUAGGUUCGGAUAGUUGGGCUUAUGACAUAGGCGCAUCUGGUGUUCAUCACGUUAUCUCCUCCGGGAAAGAUAUUAACAUUUUGAUCAUUGAUUCACAACCUUACACAACUCGAACUGCAGCAGAUCCAGAGAAACGAAAAAAAGAUAUUGGUCUGUACGCAAUGAAUUAUGGGGAUAUUUAUGUCGCAUCAGUUGCAAUAUAUUCUUCAUAUACUCAAGUUCUGCAUGCACUUAUGGAAGCCGAAAAAUACAAGGGACCUUCAAUUGUAUUGGCUUAUUUGCCUUAUUAUAGUGAAGAAGAUACCACUAUCACCGUAUUAAAAGAAACCAAAUUAGCAGUUGAUACUGGAUAUUGGCCUUUAUAUCGGUGGAAUCCCGCAUUAGAAAAAGAAGGAAAAGAACCAUUUACCUUAGAUUCUGAACGAAUUAAAAGUGAACUUCAAUCUUUUCUUGAUAGAGAAAAUCAAUUGUCCCAACUUAUAAAUACGAGACCUGAGCUAUCUGAAACAUUAACAAAUUCCCUUGAAUCCGAAGUAAAAUUACGUCAAAAAUCUUUAGCAAAAUCAGCAUAUGAAAAGCUUUUAGGUGGUUUAAGUGGUCCACCGCUUUUAAUUCUUUUCGGAUCAGAUAAUGGUAAUGCGGAAGGUCUUGCCAAGAGAUUACAAAAAGGUGCCAAGGCACGUGGAGUUAAUGCGCGUUGUAUGGCUAUGGACGACUACCCGAUAGAAGAAAUUAUUACUGAAAAGAAUAUAGUAUUCUCUGUAUGUACCGCUGGUCAAGGUGAAUUUCCACAAAAUGCUCGCGAAUUUUGGAAAACUAUAUCUUCCACAACCGAAAUUUCUUUUUCGGACACACAAUUUGCAGUUUUUGGUCUUGGUGAUAGCAAAUAUUGGCCACGAGAAGAAGACAUAAUUUAUUACAAUAAACCUGGAAAAGAAUUAUUUGCGCGCUUAGAACUCUUAGCUUGGGAGCCCGAACUUUGGAAAGCUCUUGGAGUGGAAUUACUUGGAACUGUUGUCGAAGAACGUAAAAAAACUGAUGAUGAUAUGAAAGAUGAGUCAAAUUUUUUGAGAGGUACUAUUGCAGAGGGACUUGAAGAUACAUCAACAGGAGCAUUAUGUGAAAGAGAUACUAAAUUAACCAAAUUCCAUGGGAUUUAUCAACAAGAUGACCGUGAUUUACGAGAUGAGCGUAAGGCUCAAAAAUUAGAAAAAGCGUAUUCAUUUAUGGUAAGAGUACGUGUGCCAGGAGGUGUUUCUACGCCAAAACAAUGGUUGGCAAUGGAUGAGAUUUCAGAUAAACAUGCAAAUGGUUCAUUAAAAAUGACAACAAGACAAGCUUAUCAAUUGCAUGGAGUUCUUAAACGUAAUUUGAGAACUACAAUUCGAGAAAUUAAUAAAUGUUUACUAGAUACUUUAGCCGCUUGUGGUGAUGUAAAUCGUAAUGUUAUGUGCAAUCCAAAUCCUUAUAUAUCUGAAAUUCAUAGUCAAGUAUUUGAAUUUUCCAAAAAACUAAGCGCACACCUGUCACCUCAAACUUCAGCUUAUCAUGAAAUUUGGUUGGAAGAUAAAAUUGUGGCCGGUCAAGCUGUUCAAGAUGUUGAACCUUUAUACGGUCCAACUUAUCUCCCACGAAAAUUCAAGAUUGCAAUUGCAACUCCACCUAGUAAUGAUGUUGAUGUUUAUGCGCAUGACUUGGGCUUCAUCGCUAUUACAGAUGAUCAUAAUAAAAAGUUAUUGGGUUACAAUGUAACUGUUGGAGGAGGUAUGGGAAUGACUCAUAAUAAUAAAAAGACUUAUCCAAGACUUGCUGACUCUCUUGGAUUUUGUAAACUCGAUCAAGCUGUUGAUGUUGCUGAGAAAGUUAUGUUGGUUCAACGUGACUUUGGUGAUAGAACCAAUCGUAAACAUGCUCGCCUUAAAUAUACAAUUGAUGAUAGAAGUAUAGAUUGGUUCCGUUCUGAAGUGGAAUCUCGAUUGGGAUAUAAAUUGGAGAAAUCACGUGAAUUUCAAUUUAAAGACAAUUCUGAUAGAUUCGGUUGGACAAAAGGUCUUAAUGACAAAUGGCAUUUUUGUAUGUAUAUAGAAAAUGGUCGUGUCAAAGAUUUUCCAGGAUUGCCUUUCAAGACAGGACUUCGUGAAAUUGCCAAAAUACAUAAAGGUGAUUUCCGAUUAACACCCAAUCAACAUCUUGUUAUUAGUAAUGUACCCGAGAAAGAAAAACCGAAAAUUGAAGAAUUGUUAAAGAAAUAUAAGUUGGACAACUUACAAUUUACAGGACUUAGGUUAAAUUCGAUGGCAUGUGUUGCAUUACCAACGUGUGGUUUGGCGAUGGCAGAAUCUGAAAGAUAUCUUCCUUUACUUGUAUCAAAAUUAGAAUCGAUUAUAGAGGAAGUUGGACUAAAAAAUGAUGCGAUCACAAUCAGAAUGACUGGAUGCCCUAACGGUUGCGCACGUCCAUAUGUAGCUGAAAUUGCAUUUGUUGGAAAAGCCAUGGGCACAUAUAAUGUUUAUUUAGGAGGAGGAUUUCAUGGUCAAAGAUUAAAUAAGUUAUAUAAAGAUAAUUUAAAAGAAGAUGAGAUUCUGAAAGAGUUGAAACCAAUUUUGGCGAGAUAUGCGAAAGAAAAAUUAGAUGGCGAAAGAUUUGGAGAUUUUGUUAUUCGAACUGGAUAUGUGAAAGCUACAACUUGUGGAAAAGAUUUUCAUUCGUAA